UGAAUCCUUGUUCAAUCUGCCGUGCAAUUUUUGCCCCUCUAAUCGCGGCAUGUCAACCUCCAAAUACCCACCUCCUAACCGACAAGCUGAGAUGUCAUAUGCACGGGCAAUGGAUCUUGCAUAAUAUAUGGGUAAUAGUGACCAAUCAUCUCCUAGCCCAUACUCGUCUAGAUGGCAUUGGCUACCGACGUUAGUCAUGUUACCUACUCAGACCACGCCGCUACGAAGGGAUAGAGGGGGGCCUUGCGGAGAGGCUAGUAGCCACGCUCGCUAUAGACAGAGAGGGGCGAUGGGUGGAGGAAGGAGACCGAGUGACCCUGGAGGGAGAAAGACAACUGUAACUGACGGUAUUGAACGUGAGGCUCUCCUGUCCUCCCCAAAUAUUGGCAGCAGCGUUAAACCGGUAUCGAACAAGGUCACCCACAUUCAAGCCAGGUGGCUCUAUUCUCCGUCAAUAAAUUCGAGCAAGAAACGGACGGCGAUGGAAAAAACUGGGAAGACAGGCCGACGUGGAUCUUCUGACCACAGAUUGCAGCUCAUCUGGAAAAGAAAGUGGGGUCGGGCCCAUGGAAAAAGAAGAACACUUUCGGCGAUCAGCCCUUCCUUGACCCGGAAGUUGGGACCUCUAGUCAAACACGAUCAAGGGCCUCCUCUCUCUGCUGCUGCUGCCGACCUAUGACCGACCGAAUUUAGCUUCUGAUUCUCUUCUGUCAUUCAGCUGAAUUUCCCCGCUGUGGGAAUCCUUCGAGACUUGUCAAAGACUCGUCAUGAGAGAGCACCUACCACUGGGGUUGUUGAUACUACUAGUACUACGUAUUAUCAUGAUCGAUCUCGAUGAGAUGAGACCAUCUAAUCGGUCGAUCGGACCUUCGCCCUGU